UCAGGCAGAUGCUGAAAGCCUUAUGACCCAUCCUUGGAAGUUCUAGAAUGUCACUUCUGCCACGUGAUGUUGGUUAAGCAAAUGACUAAGGCCAGCCCAGAUUCAGGAGGAAGUGAAUGAGACUUCACCUUUCAGUGGGAGGAGAGAUAAAGAAUUUGCAGCUAUCUUUAAUCAUUCCUGGCAAUCUCCCACUCAUCUUACAAGACUAAAGUUUCAGCUUUGUGAAGCUGCCUUCAGUAGUUUUGUGAAAAAAAAAAAUAGUUUUGUGAAUUCUAUAACACCUUGUCACAGUAGGGACAGAGAAAAAAAGCAUUUGCCAGAUCAAUACAUGCACACUCCAGGGGAUGUGUCAAUUGGCUCAAGCAAUGAAACCGCAUCUGGUACAGCAGCUGCAAUUGGAGUCACCCCUUGGUUAUGCCCAUGAUGAUCGCUGUCAUUCUCCAAGAUCCAUCUGUCCUCUGCACGGGCCAAGCAGAAAUACCACAAUCAACUAGCCAAGGCGAGUCGGGCUGUUGUGAUCACAGCUGACUGUUAUCCAUCCGGGUAAUCCAGCCACCUUGCUUCUGGCAAGUGAUCACCGCUGCCACUUGUCCCUUGCCACCUGAGAUCCUGGAUGUCCUAUGAGAUUUUAUGUCUAACAGGAGAACAGUAAGACUUAUCUCAUUAUGGAUCCAAGCCUGUUGAGAGAAAGGGAGCUGUUUAAAAAACGAGCUCUUUCCACCCCUGUAGUAGAAAAACGUUCAGUAUCUUCUGAAUCAUCAUCAUCAUCAUCCAAGAAGAAGAAAGCAAAGGUAGAACAUGGAGGAUCAUCAGGCUCUAAACAAAAUUCUGAUCAUAACAAUGGAUCAUUUAACUUGAAAGCUCUAUCAAAGAAGAGAUUACAUAGUCAGGCAGAUGGUGUUUUUAUUCCCUCCAUCAAUUUCCUCCUGUGGACGGGCGCGGUAGCUCAGACACGACAUCAGCGAGGAGAUACUUAUCCCCUAACUUUAGAAGAAAUUUUGGAUGAAACACAACAUUUAGAUAUUGGGCUCAAGCAGAAGCAAUGGCUAAUGACUGAGGCAUUAGUCAACAAUCCCAAAAUUGAAGUAAUAGAUGGGAAAUAUGCUUUCAAGCCCAAGUACAACUUGAAAGAUAAGAAGGCGCUACUUAGGCUCUUAGAUAAGCAUGACCAGCGAGGAUUAGGAGGGAUUCUUUUAGAAGACAUAGAAGAAGGACUGCCCAAUUCCCAGAAAGCUGUCAAGGCUUUAGGGGACCAGAUAUUAUUUGUAAAUCGUCCUGAUAAGAAGAAAAUACUUUUCUUCAACGAUAAGAGCUGUCAGUUUUCUGUGGAUGAAGAAUUUCAGAAACUCUGGAGGAGUGUCACUGUGGAUUCGAUGGACGAGGAGAAAAUUGAAGAGUAUCUGAAGCGACAGGGUAUUUCUUCCAUGCAGGAAUCUGGACCAAAGAAAGUGGCCCCCAUUCAGAGAAGGAAAAAGCCUGCUUCGCAGAAAAAGCGACGGUUUAAGACUCACAACGAGCACUUGGCCGGAGUGCUGAAGGAUUACUCCGACGUGACUCCCGGCAAAUAGGGCACCAUUUGCCCCCGAACAAAGAGUUCCGAAUACACAAUCGAGAUCCUUCUGGGUGAUGCCUGGGCUCUGAAGACUGACUGUCUUCCCAUUCUGCUUCCGAGGACUGAGGAGAGGAGCAGCUCAGUUUACAGAACAAGUGCAAAUUACCGAGCUCACAGCUUAUUUUGAUUGAAUGGGCUAAUGAGAUGUGUGAGGCUCUCUGUUAACCUCCUGUUACUUCUUGGGAGAAAGGCGCUUCGCGUGGCUCGCAGGCGUCCUUGCUAUUUAUUUCUACUUCUGAAGGGUGCCCGGUUCCAUUUUUCCUCUUUUAUUACUUUAGAGCAAAAGUUUGCAGAUAGUCUUGAAUGCAAUAUUUGUUUAUUCCAAAGGAACGUAUUUAUAAUAAAAUCAUUGUAGCAGGAUUUUUAA